AUGCAUCUGGUGGUGGCCCCCAAUAGGGAGGAGGAGGCGGCGACCAUGGCCGGGGAACUCCUCUCCUGCAUCUACAUCGGCAUCUGCAUCGCCUUCUUCAUCUUCCUCAUAAGCCCAACAAGCCGUCCUGGACCCAUCAACAUGCAGCCCCGAUCCAUCGACCGGGCUGGGAUCCUUAUCUGGAGUAGCGUACUAAAACUGAUGAAAAAUUUAGGUUACACACUCGCAGUCACAGGGCUUGUUUGUAAUCGCACUACUGAUAUUCUAUCGCUUCCAGAGAUCGGCAGGUUUUCACUCGAUCAUGGUUCUUGCAAGAGGAAAAUGGCUGAAGUUUACGAAGAAUUGUCUUGUGGUGGGGUUUUCUUCUUUGAGUUGCUGGAGCAGAGAGGCGAGGGCCCCGGGGCAAGAAGCUCGCACGCCAUCACAGUGGUGGGGCAGAAGGCCUACUCGUUCGGCGGCGAGUUUGCGCCACGUGUCCCUGUCGACAACCAUCUCCACGUGUUUGACCUUGUUGACCUGACAUGGUCCGUGGCCAAUGCACACGGCCAAAUUCCUCCGCCACGUGUCGGCGUGUCCAUGUCCUCCAUCGGGGAGACCAUUUAUGUGUUCGGAGGAAGAGACGAGGCCCACAAGGAGCUGAACGAGUUGUACUCGUUGGACACGCGUACCAACACGUGGGCCCUGCUUCCCCCGGGCCCGGCCCACCGGAGCUACCACUCGAUGGCGGCCGACGAGCGGAGAGUGUACAUCUUUGGAGGUUGUGGCGAUUCGGGAAGACUGAACGACCUGUGGGCUUUUGAUGUAGUUGAUAAGGAAUGGGUGCAGUUUCCAGUGCCGGGGGAGAGUGUUAAGCCGAGGGGCGGGCCCGGGCUAGCGUCUGUGCUCGGGAAAAUAUGGGUCGUGUAUGGUUUUGCAGGGAUGGAGGUUGAUGACGUGCAUUAUUUCGAUCUGAAAGAAGGAAAAUGGGUUCAAGUGGAGACGGAUGGAGAAAAACCGAGCCCGAGAAGCGUGUUUUCGACUCUUGGGAUCGGUAAAUAUAUAUUUGUGUAUGGUGGGGAGAUUGAUCCGAGCGAUUUGGGCCAUAUGGGGGCUGGGAAAUUUGCGGGGGAUGUUUAUGCGCUUGACACUGAGACGCUUGUGUGGAAAAAAUGGGACGAUGGGCUGGGCUGUAAGGACCAUCCAGGCCCGAGGGGAUGGUGUGCGUUUAGCAGCGGGCAAAUUGACGGGCAAGAGGGACUGUUGGUGUAUGGUGGGAAUUCGCCUAGUAAUGAUCGACUCAAUGACAUUUUCUUCUUCACCCCUUUCGAGUGAUGCUAUGUGGAAAGUUGUGUUUGGUGAUGAGAUUUGGGAGAUGCUUGUGUGAUGUUUUUUUUUUCUUGGUCUGGUUUGGGUUCUUUUUGUUCUGGUUAAGUGAUGUGUGGAAUGGUGAAUGAGGAUGCUUUAUUGUUCAGUGGCUUCAUGGUGCAGUAAAUACUAAAUAGAAAGGAGAUGGUGUUUGAGUUUUUAUUUUUUAUUUUUUCCUUGUUUUUGAUUAGCUUUGAGUGGCUUAUUAUGCUGCUAAUAAUUCCA